UAGAAGGAUGCAGAGAUUCAGCAGCCCAGACAUCCAACUGGACGCAGCGGGUGCUCCUUGAACCUGAAAACAGUCACAUAGAAGAUCGUUCAAAAGACGAAACAUCAGGUUUUGGAUUAUUUAACUGUAAGACAAUAUAAAUCAAACUUUAACGGAAUAAACUGGUGGUACCUGAAUUUAGCAGGGCACUAAGUUACCUUGGAAGGCAGCGGUCCUGGGCGUGUGAUGAGACCACUGGCUGCGCAAAAGUAGUGCUUUUACGCACGAUGGAGGACCUUUUGCACGAGCUGGACAUUUGGUCUCAGAAUGUUUCGUGGAGCAACUCAAGUCGUGGAAACGAAAGUUAUUCAGGAAACGUCACAGUGAACCCUUUAAAACGAAAUGAAGAAGUGGCCAAAGUAGAAGUUACAGUCCUGGUCCUGGUCCUGCUACUUGCUCUAACGGGCAACCUUUGCGUCCUGUGGGCGAUCCACACCACCAAACACAGCCAGUCUCGGAUGUAUUACUUUAUGAAACACCUGAGUAUCGCGGACCUUGUUGUUGCAAUCUUUCAGGUCUUACCGCAGCUCAUUUGGGAUAUCACCUUUCGCUUCUAUGGACCCGAUUUUCUGUGCCGGCUGGUGAAAUACCUCCAGGUGGUGGGAAUGUUUGCGUCUACAUACAUGCUUGUCCUGAUGUCUAUAGAUAGGUGUUUAGCAAUCUGUCAACCACUUCGCUCCAUGCGCAAAGGAAGGGAUCGCUGCUGUGUGGUUGCGUCUUGGAUGCUUAGUCUGUUAUUCAGCGCCCCACAAGCCCACAUUUUUUCUCUGAAGGAGGUCGGGAACGGUGUGUAUGACUGCUGGGGUGACUUCGUGCAGCCGUGGGGUGCUAAAGCAUACAUCACAUGGAUGAGUCUCAGCAUUUACAUUCUUCCAGUGGCUAUAUUAAGUAUCUGCUAUGGUUUGAUAUGUUUUAAAAUAUGGCAGAAUAUCAACACAAAAACCAAAAAGGGGCACUUUUUGGCUCCCACUCCGAGGCCGUCCAAAGGCGCUCACCCACUCUCGCGUGUGAGCAGCGUUAGGCUCAUUUCAAAAGCCAAAAUCCGCACAGUGAAAAUGACAUUUGUAGUUGUCCUUGCUUACAUUGUGUGCUGGACUCCCUUUUUCUUUGUCCAGAUGUGGUCUGCGUGGGAUCCCGCUGCACCAAGAGAAGACAUGGCCUUCAUCAUUGCCAUGUUACUGGCUAGUCUCAACAGCUGCUGUAACCCCUGGAUCUACAUGUUCUUUGCUGGUCACCUGUUUCAUGAUUUGAUGCAGUGCUUCUUUUGCUGCUGUAGACAGUAUCUGACAGACUCUUCCUACAGCAGUGAUCAACAGUGCAGGCACAAGAGUAGCUCCUCCACUUACGUCAUCAAGAACGCCAGCAGUCAGAGGAGCCUCACACACACAUCCAGCACAGGGGGGGCAGCUCACUAAGAAGCCAGCUGAGAGCCAUCCAAACUUCCUGAAUUAUCCAGCAAUCAUGCAAGCCCCUGUUUCAGACAUUUAAUCAUUUGCAGCAGAGCUGUGCAGGCCAUUUUACAAUGCUUGUUGUCAAAUAUUUUAAAUUAAACCAAGCAGAAAAUAUAAAACCCUUAUGUAUGGUAAAAAGCCUUGUACUCAGUGAUAACAUGAACAAGACAUGAACAAAUGGAAUGUAAAUUGAAAGUUACAAGCCCAGUUUAAACUCUUACAUUUAACACACAAGUUAAAAAUAUACUAAUAACCCCCUGAAUCAUUGCUACUGUUUGGUCCUACAAGACAGACAGAAAACAUCCUGUUCUGGCAAAAAAAAAAAAGAAAAAAAAAGUGUCCCUUAACAGCUCUGAACAAACAGACUCACUGGACUGGGAUUAUUGUAUUCAUGGUGGAGAAAAUAAUCAUAUAUGUUGUAUGCAGUAGUAUGAUUAUAUGUAUAUUUUGUGUAAGCAAAGUUGUGAAAUAGGACAAAAGUAUCUAUAUUAAAGAUUUAGCAUAAAAUAACAAUUUUCUUUGUUUAAAAAUCUUAGUCUUUUCAAACCUGUUUGUAUUAUUCUGUUCUUUAGUCUUGUAUCUUAAUGUUUCAACAAUUGUUCUUCUGAUAAGAUUCUAUUAAUAUAACUCGGAGUUAAUGUUAAUGUCACCUGAGGUCUGGCUCCAGCUGUAGGAGUGCAUUUUAAGCUACUGAGGCUAAAGAUUGUAUCUUAUGGGACAUAAUAAACAGUGUUUUACUGCAUGAAGUAAAAUCAAAUUAAUUUUUAUGCACCCUCCUCUGCUCCUUGUGUGUUCUGAUAUUUUCUUUUAACAGCUUUGACUCUCCUUUCUUUGACUGUUUAUUUUGAAUUUAACUUUCCACAUGUUAUAAAUUGAAUUGAAAUACACCUAAUACCAUGAUUAUUUGUUCAUUAGAUAGGCAUUAAUACACCAAACUGAAAGAAUAAGUUUGCAUUCUUUUGU